GACCUCGUUAAACCCUUCUUGCUGCACGAGGCAAUAAGUGGUCCAACUGGGGAGCAAUGAGGUUGUCUAGCUUGGACCGGGGGGAGGGUUGGCGCCUAGUACUCUGAUAGGACAGCUCUAAGAGUAUCGAGUGAGGCUAGCCUAUGUGUGGUGAAAAAAUAGACGCCUAAGUGGGUGACAGAGUGGUACGGUGCUGCUAGUCGCUGUGGUCAAAGGGCGGCGCGUCCUGAGGAGCCGAUCAGAUGUAAGACUGCCGGGUUGGGCUAUGAGGCUCUUCCCUGGAAACUUCCAGGAGUGGGUUUCACUGCGUCUUUCGCUUCCUCGCGAGGAAAUUGAGGGUGUAAGAUGGGAUCAAGAUGGAAGGAGAGCAGAGAUUAACGGAGCAAGCAGGAGUCCAGGGCACCAUCUAGAUAAGACCCGGGUUCGAGAGUGUGGGAAAGAGGGGUUGGGCUUAACGACAUGUCCAGAACCGGAAGAUACUAUAUUAUGUCGGUCUGUCGCUCGCGACCCUACCCUACGCCGCACCGCAGUACUUCCCGCAGCUUCUAGAGUCGAGCGGUACGUACGUCCCGGUGGCACGUCGAGGCCGGUGAGAGUCCUCUUUGGCCAUGCUGGCGCCGUGGUGGUCCAGUGGGUGCGCAACCGUGACCUCGCAUAUGCAAGCAAGAAAAGUGAAGUGCCAUUGAUUGGGUCGGAGCGCCUGUUGAGAAGCCAUGUUCAGGAAAAUGGUGAUGGCGACAUGUGGUUGGGCGGCAAGGAGAUCAGAGAACGGGGCCAAGACCACCCCCAGAGUCAAUCCCGCCGCUCGAGCGCCCGUCAGUGCAUCGAAUCCAUGCAUUCUGCGCUCUCGUUCGCCGAUACCCCUGCUUCCACCCGCCUUCCCUCCCCGGACCCCUGCUGUAGAUGAUCUGCGUUGAUAGGUUCAAUGCGACGCAUGCACUUUGGCUCUCUUCCGCACAACCAAUCAGGACGCGCGGAAGCGUGACGGCAAGACCACCCAUCUGCAGCGCUCGCAGCUGGGCGGCAAGAACUUCGUUAGCACCCAUCUGGUGUAAAAGUCCCACGAGUUGCACGGCCGACAGGACAAGAAGGGUUAUACGUAAGCUAACAGUCAUCAUGUGCCCUGUGCCCACUGUCUCGCUAUUGGAGCCAGCCCAGUGCUUUCCAGGCCAGUCGUCAGUCAACCCGAAGUUUCGACUCUGGCGCCGGUGGCGGUGGGCAUGGUG